UUGACGGGGGACAGAGUUGUGGCUGAUGACUGACGAUGUCCUAAAAUGCACACCGUAUCUCUGUGAGGCACACUGUACCUGGACACUGCCCAUAGGACACACUGGGCUGUGAAAAAGGGCACUGACCCUGCUGUGUUUCCAGGGAUAGGGCACCGCUAAGGGGCAUCGCUGUUUUCUUCUAUACCCUGCACCGUGGCGAUGACUGUCUGCUGCCAACUUGGCCAGUGUGCUGGCAGCUGCGGUAGGCAUGGCCCAUGUGCUGCAAUGUAUAUUGAGGAAUCGGGGCAUCCAACCUCCAGUCCAUUGGCCCUAUCAUAAGGAGAUCUGCUGGUUCUCUAGGAAACAAAGGACUGUGCAAGCAGACAAUGGCCUUUCUGAGGAAUGAGUGUGAGCACCCUGGUGGGUUGUGUUCUCAUGGAAAGCCCCUGACUGUCCACUGGUGAUGAACCAAUGCUGCCAACAAUGGAGGUAAGAUCUAUGCAGCGUUCUGACCUCUUCUUCCUAGACCCCCCUAGCCUUUGCUCUGAGAUGCUAGGGGUGGCAGAGGAAGCCUUCAAGGCUGGCAACUUUCUACUGGCAGCCGAAAUCUAUGGCUCUCAGCUAGAUGAGCUGCCGCAGCCUGAGAGAUCUUUAUAUCUGAAGAAAGGAGACUCUUUGGCUUUGGCCGGACAAGUUACAGAUGCUUUAGCCUCUUACACAAGGGCAGCAGUGCUACGCCAGCUAUGCCCAGAGGAGCUUGGCAUACUGGUAGAAAGUAUUGCUCAGAACAUCAGAGACAAAGAACUGAAAUUACCUUGUGCCAAGAGGAAAACGGACAAUAUACAUACUAAUGGAGAGUCUCAAGGAAAAGCCCCCCCAUAUCCUGAACAGCCCCUGGAGUCUGACCUCUUCUCCUGCCCCAUGUGCAGCCAUUUACUACUGGACCCGGUCACUUUGAAUUGUGGCCAUUCUUUCUGUAAGAAAUGCCUAUGUGAUAGAAAAUCUACUGAAUGUAGCUGUUGUAACAGUAGGAUUAAAAGCAAAGCAGAGGGGCAUGAAGCACUUUGCGUGGACAUGAAGGUUAAUGUGGUGCUUGGGAACUUGAUGGAGAAGUGGUUCGGUGCGGAGACCAAGGUGCGGAGACUGUCUGUUGAAGGCGAUACGCUGUGGGAGAAUAAGGACAUGAUAGGUGCAUUAGAAAAAUUUAAUACGGCUUUGGAGCUGGCUCCCCGUGACUCCCUGUUAACCGUACAAAGAGCUCAGCUCUACUCAGCCAUGAAGAACUAUAAGCAAGCGCUAAGUGAUGCUGAGACUGUCUGCAGAAAACAACCACUCUGGGCCAAGGGACAUUAUGUGAAGGCACAGGCGCUUUCUGGAAUGGGGAGGACGGAGGAAUCUUUAAAGGAGUUUCUGCAUUGUGUUGCCUUAAACCCUGAAUGGAGUUCAGCAAAGGCGGAAGCACAAAAGAUUAUGUGUGAAAUGCUGUUUCCUGCCUUUGAGAAUGUGCAGGCCAGUUUUACAGCCCGUGCCCCAGCUCCAUAUACUAGACUAAAGCCGCUCACUUUGAAUAGUUCAAAUAGCUCUCCUUCGGUAGAUGAUGUAUCUUUGCCAGGAGGCUCAAAGGACUCUGCCUUCAGACUAACCAAAGCCUCGUUUCCAAAAUCCGAUCCGUUUCAAGUGAAAAAUGUUGACUGUCCUGAUAUAUGUGAGAGGUCAGAUGACAAAGCAACAAAGACCCUUGGAAGUGUCCUCUCAUGCCUUCCUGGGGUUGGUGUGAAGAGAAAACAUGCCAGCACCUCUGAAGAUAUUCACAAUAUUGCGCUCCCUGCCAAAGUUUUCAGGAAUGAUGCUGAACCCCAGUUGGAAGAGCCUACCUCACCCUUAGCAGUUAGAAAGAUCCCCAAAGAUUUGGUGGAUUCUUCAGAUUUUGAGUGUUCUCUUUGCAUGAGGUUAUUUUAUGAGCCUGCAGCCCCGCCAUGUGGGCACACGUUCUGCCUCAAAUGCCUUGAGCGUUGCUUGGACCACAAUCCUCACUGUCCCCUCUGCAAAGAAAACUUGUCACAGUACCUCGCAAGCAGAGCUUACAAAAAGACGUUUCUGACAGAAGAGCUAAUUAUACGUUACCUACCAGAAGAGCUAAGUGAGCGAAAGAAACUAUAUGAGGAGGAGAUGAAGGAGCUAUCAAACUUGAAUAAAGAUGUUCCAAUAUUUGUGUGCACUAUGGCCUUCCCAACAAUUCCUUGCCCCCUGCAUGUGUUCGAGCCUCGGUAUCGUCUAAUGAUCAGAAGAAGCAUAGAGACUGGAACAAAGCAGUUUGGAAUGUGCAUCGCUGAUGAACUCAAAGGAUUUGCAGAUUAUGGUUGCAUGUUACAAGUGAGAGAUGUCAAGUUUUUCCCUGAUGGUCGUUCAGUAGUCGAUACAAUAGGACUGAGCAGAUUCAAGGUCUUGAGCCAUGGACAAAGAGAUGGAUACAACACUGCAAAUAUUGAAUAUCUUGAAGAUAAAAAGGUUGAAGGACAAGACUAUGAAGAGCUUCUCCUAUUACACAAUUCUGUGUAUGAUCAAGCCUUGGCCUGGUUUUCCUCUCUAAAGGACAAUCUGAGGGCACAAAUUCUUAACCAUUUUGGGCCAAUGCCAAGCAAAGAUCCAGAUCUUCAGUCUAGCCCAAGUGGGCCAGCCUGGUGUUGGUGGAUGCUGGCAGUGCUGCCCCUAGAAAACAAGGCUCAGCUUACAAUCCUGGCUAUGACAUCUUUGAAGGAUCGCCUGCAGGCCAUAAGACGGGUUUUAUUUUUUGUUACUCGUAAAAGACCCAGAUGACAGCAUUUUUUCCCCAUCUGAUGUCAUGACUUCAUUUUAUUAUUAUUAUAUUUUUAUUUUAUUUUAAGAAAACCCUUUUUUUUCUCUGCACUGAGGGACACUUUAUUCAUUGUCUUGGAAUUAAUCUGAACUCUUUCUGUGGAAAUACCAUCCAGUGAAUGAACAACAUUGCUACCUGGUUUAUCUUGCCUCCGUGCACUCUGCUGGUGUUUGCUUAUCAUCAGAUGAUCAUUUGAUGGCUACCAAUCACCUAGAGUGCCUUUUUUAUGGACAAAAAUGAGAUCCUGCUAUUUACUUGUUGUCUAUGUACUUUCACAUUUUGCUGCAUUUUCAAUUGUAUUGUUAAAUAUACAGUAUGUAUAUACAUAAACUAAGAGUGGGAGAGACCAGACAGUGGCCAAUAUACAGCUUUGUGCCAUGCACUUAACCAUAACAACAAUGAACCCAUUUUAUCCUAGGUAAAUUAGAAAAACAUUUAGAAUUUACAAUUACUUAAAUGAGUAUUCUCAAAUUUAAUACCGACAAUACCCCUUCUAUAUACUGCAGCAACUUUAAUAUACGCUAUUGUAGCUGCAAUAACCGUGGCUGCUGGCACCAGACUUAUGUCUGAAAAACGCGGGUCCCGCUUUUACCUUUACCUAACAGCAAGCCACCAUCACUCAAGAUUCCCCAAUAACUACAGAGGGCACCUGGACUUAACGCUGCCUAAAAUGGCAACUCCAAGUGCUUUCUGCAAGGAUCGAACACAUGCGGCAGCUGCAGGCUCUUACCAUGUGAGAACGUUCUAAGGACUGCUGUAUUUUAGCAGUAUGGUUUAGACUAGGGAUUGGCCGAUAUUAUCGGCCGAUAAUCACGAUUUUUGACAUUAUCGGUAUCGGCAAUUACCUUGCCGAUAAUGCUCCGCCCCAAGACCCCAGCCGCUGCUGCAUUGCCUCCCCCAUCCCCCGUUUUAUAAUUACCUGUUCCCGGGGUCCACGCUACUUCUGUCUGUGAAGUCCUGCGCUAUUGCUGUGUGCUACGCUGCGCAAUGACGAGUGACUUCCUCAAUGCGACAUCACCGUCAGUGCGCACAGUGACAGCUCAGGACGCCGCUGGAGCCAGAAGUAGCGUG